AUGAAAUUAAUGUUUUUUUUUUUAAAGAAAACAUAAAUAAAUAUAUUGAUAUCAUUUAUUAAUUUAAAUUUUUAAUUUUUUUUUUUUUCUUCCUAUCCAAAUAAAUUAAUCAUAAAUUUUAUUAAUUUAUAUUUCUUUUUAACUAUUUGUUAGUUUUUAAAAUAUUUAUUUUAUUAUUUUUAAAAUUUAUUAGUUACAUUUUUUUUACCUAAUUACCAAAUAAAAUAAAUAAAUAACUAAAUAAUAGUUAUUAAUUUAUUGAAUAAUUUAAAUAUAUACUUUUAAAUAUGCAUUUUAUAUUAAAUAAGCAAUAAAAAAAUUGUUUUUGAAUAAAUAAAUUAGCUAAUAUUUUUUCAUCUAAAGUUCUGUUUUAAAAUAUAUAAUUUACUUUUUAUUUCUCUGAUUAAGCUGUUUAUGAUGCUUAUAUAAAAUUAUUUUUGGUUAAAAUGGAAAUGCUUAUUCGCAUAUUAAUUGAUUUGUUGA